AUGGAUUAUCUUGCAAUAGAUAUCACUAAAAUAAUACUUACACUCUUUUUUGUUAAAUUAUGUUAUUCUUUCUUAGGCUUCUCUCAGUUUGAUAAUUUGAAUUCUUAAAUAUUUAUAUUUUGUUAAUUUAAUGAUAAAAUUCUGAUAAAAUAUAUAUUCAUUUACUUUGAUUCUUCAGCAUAUCAAAUAUUAUAAUUAUUAAUUAACAAUCUAACUUAAAGGUAUAAUCCUAAGCUAGAUGAUUUAAAUAAAAGCAGUUUAAGAACAAAAACAAAAAAUUAGGCACAACCUAUAAUCGUUUGUUAUGAUAGUAAGACAAAAUUGCCAAUAGAAUUAAAAUAAGUUUAAUAUACAGUUAAUAUAUAACCUGGUUUAGCAGUAGCGCAUAUAUGUUAAAUCUAUUCAACUGAAGAAAACAAAGAUCAAUGUGAAUUAGAAUACUUGUUUACAAUAGAUUAAAAUUCAGCUGUUACUAAGAUGAUAGUUGAACUCGGAGAUUAAAAAGUUUAUGGAGUUAUAAAAGAAUUAGAAGAGGCAAAAAAAGAAUAUGAAAAGGGAUUAUAAGAAGGAAAGACAAUGGUGUUAAGUUAAGAAGAUUCAAAAAUAUCAAAUAUCAAAAAAGUUAAAAUUGGUUAUUUGAAUCCCAUAAAUCAUUAAAAAUUUAAUUUGAAUACACCCAACAAUUAUAAGUAUUUCUGA